AUGUCUUACUACGGGUUGCUAGCAAAGCAGAACCCGUUAAACGAUGAAACCAAUCCGGUUAAGAACAUAACUGUUUUCUUAUUACAGUUGAUUAUCAUUAUCAUUUUGUGUAGAAUUUUGUCAUUUGGUUUAAAGUAUAUCAAGCAACCACCGGUUGUCGGAGAAAUUAUAGCUGGUAUUUUACUAGGGCCGACGGCAUUCGGUGCCAUUCCAAAUUUUACUGAAACUGUAUUUGGCGGGGAGAAUAAAGCAUUAUUAACGUUAACUUCAAACGUUGGCUUAUCAUUGUUCCUGUUCCUCGUCGGAUUAGAAACUGAUAUCGAUCUUAUGAAACGUUUAUGGAAGGAAACCCUAGUUACGACGAUUCCAGGUUUACUCAUUCCUUUUGGUGUCGCCGUUGGCGUCUCUGUUAUAAUGUACAGAGAAUUCGCUGAUCCAUCCAUAAACUUUAUCGGUUUCUUCCUUUUCAUUGCUACUUCAAUGGCAGUCACAGCUUUGUCUAUUUUAUCAAGAAUCCUCGUCGAGUUGAACAUUAUCGCAACGAAAUUAGGUGCCAUUGCUAUAGCGGCUGGUGUAUGUAAUGACGCAUUGGGUUACAUCUUACUAGCUAUAUCAACAGCAGUAUCAUCCGGUGGUGAUCAAUUAAAUGCGCUUUGGGAAUUGCUAUGUUUGAUUGGUUUGGUCAUCUUCUGUUGGUUCGUUAUUAGACAUGUAAUCAGCUACUUCUAUAGAAGAAAUGAGUACCAGCUCACAACUGGUAUAGCAACGAUGACUAUCGUUGGUGCUCUCAUCUCAAGUUGGUUCACUGAUAUUCUAGGUCUUCAUCCAAUGGUUGGUGCAUUCGCGUUCGGUGCUUGUUGCCCACAUGAACACGAUUUCCCUGAAAAGAUGACAGAGAAGAUUGAAACUCCAGUUAUGAUCUUCUUAUUACCAUUAUACUUUGUUGCUAGUGGUUUGAACACUAACUUUAUCCUUCUUGAUUCGGGUAAAGCAUGGGGUUUAAUCUUUUUAUUAUUAGUUGCAACAUUUAUUAGUAAAGGUGGUUGCACAGCUGUCAGUUGUCGCUUAGUUGGUUUACCAUGGAGACAAGCUAUGUGUGUUGCAUUCUUGAUGCAAUCUAAAGGUGUUAUAGAAUUGGUUAUUCUCUCAGUUGGUUUAGAACUCGGCGUCAUUUCUGAAUUGGUUUAUGCUCAACUAGUUAUGGUUUUCAUUUUGACUACAUUGACAGUCAGACCAUUAGCUGAUUGGGUAUAUCUUAAUAGAAUAGAUUUGAAUGCUCAUCCAGGUAAUGAGAAGGAAGAUACAGAGAGUGGUAUAGUUGAUCAUCCAUCUCAAGAUACCCAAUCUAUUGUCAUGGUGUUUAACACUAUGGCACCACCAUUAUCCCCUGCAUUAAAGUUCAUUUCGCUUUUAUCACAUUCAAAAUCAUACAACGUUACUAAUUUGCAUUUACACGCUAUUGAAGUAACGUCUAGAGCUUACAUUGUUAGAGCGACAGCAGCAGAAUACCUCGGACACUCACAUAUGAACAUAAAUUCAGAAGGUACUCACUUAGUUGAAGGACUAACAAGCUUCCAAAGAUUAAGUGGUGUUAAAUGUCUCGGCAAAUCUACCUCAUUGUUAGCGGAAAGAGAUGACCAUGUCAGAGUUGCUUUAGAAUAUGUCAAUAAUAUCGAUAGGAAUGGUAUGUUGAUCACUCCUUGGAUACCCUCUGGAUCAACUUUCGGUACAAAAGCAAUGUUAACAGCUGAAGCUGGCACACCACGUUCUUUUGCUGGUGCACUUUUAAAGGAAUCAAAGAAUGCGAUUGGUGUUGUCAUACAACCUUUGGAUAUUUUAGUUAAACAUACCACGAAAGUAGCCAAAAGUGAUCGUAAACCUAAGAUAAUUUUACCAUAUUUCGGUGGUAAAGAUGAUGAAACUGCUUUAGAGAUAGUUAAAAAGAUGGCAGCUAAUGAUGGAAUUGACGCUCACAUUAUUAAAUUUAAGAUUAAAUCUGAAUCUGAAGAAACAAAGCGUAAACAAGAAGCUGAACUGAACGAAAUGAUACCAAACAAUCAACCAAAGAAGAGUACUGAUGAUACAUUACAUGGUCAAGUAACUAUGGUCGCACCCGGAAUACAACAAAGUAGAGGAUUGAGUUAUGUUUUCAAUAGAAGAGAAUCACAUGAUGUUGUACCAUCAACUGAGAUUGAAAAUGAGAUAAUUAUAGAAGUCGAAGCUGAGAAUAUUAUUUCAAGCAUGAUUGAUCAUCUUCAGCAGGUUCUGGUCGAUGGUCAUAGCGAAGAUAUGCUCAUAGUUGGUAGAGGAAAAUUAGAUCAACAGCGCACAUCUUUGUUUAGAAGCCAAGCGGACGACAUGUUAAAUAAUAACAAAUAUCAGAUCACGAAUGACGAACUUAAUGAAAUAAAAGACCUUGGUAGAGUUUUAGGAUCUGUUGCGCAAACACUCACAUUAGAAUUGGGUUGUAUGUAUAACAGAAAUGAAGCAGGAUGUCCACAGAUGCUCGUAGUACAAUCAUCAACUGACAAAGAACAAAUUGAAUCUCCUCCAAAAUAUAAGGAAGAUGAUCAAGAUAAUAAAUAUAAUUAGAAUAGCAUGUGGUCUACGGAUGGACAUUUGAGCACAUUUGUAUCGUUUAAUCUUCACUUUUUUCGUUAUUGUAAAAUAUCAAAUUUUCACCUUAGUAAUAGAUACAAGUUUAU